UUCUUACUUUAUUCUGUAUUCAAAAUUAAUCUUUAUAUAUUUAUAAUAAGUUUUUCUUUAUAUAAACACCUCUCCACCUUUCUAUUUAUAAUAUAUGAUCUACCAAGCAGAGUAAAGGUUCUCCCAUGCCUAUCCAGUAUCCGCACAUAUAAAAUAUCAGGGGGACCACCACUACAUUAUCUUGGAUGCAAGUAUUUGUAUAUAUUCAAUGUUGCAGAACAAGCUGCAUACACGACUACAGCAUACCAUCUCUGACUUAGAUGUUUGUUAUUUUUGUAUUCUAAAACUUUUGAUUUGUUGGAAGAGACACUUAUAUAUAUGAAUAAGAAUAUCCCAUUACUCCAAUUCAAUCCAACAAUGGGUGCCCAUGUGCUGAUAUUCCCUUUACCUCUCCAAGGCCCCAUCAACUGCAUGCUCAAACUCGCUGAGCUUUUAUGUCUCCACCAAAUCAAGGUCACUUUCAUCAUCACUCAACACAUCCACCGCCGCCUCCUCCAUUCCUCCCACGCUCAACCUCACUCAACCAAGUAUGGCGACUCCUUUCGCUUCAACCCCAUCCCCGAUGGUCUCCCCCACGACCAUCCCAGAACCGUCUUUGAGUUCUCCGAGCUCAUGACCUCCCUGGGGGCCGCGGCCCCCCCUAUCUUGCACCAGAUGCUCAUCUCAACCGAUGACCACUCCCCCACUUGCGUCGUCGCUGAUGGCCUACUCACGUUUGCUACCGAUAUAGCUGCUCAGGCUCGAGUCCCCCUCUUGUAUUUUGAUACUAUUAGCCCAUCUGCUAUUUGGACAUACAUGUGCCUUCCUAAACUCAUUCAAGCUGGGGACCUUCCUUUCAAAGAUGACAACCAGGAUGAGUAUAUAAGAAACGCCCCGGAAUUAGAAGGCAUUAUGAGGCAUCGCGACCUACCAAGCUUUUGUCGCGGCGCCAUAGAUUUCACAGAUCCUCAGGUAGAUCUAGUGCUGAAGCAGGUACACCAUAUGCCCCUUUCCCAGGGGCUCAUCUUCAACACUUUUCAACGCCUCGACGCCCCAGUCUUAGCCCAAAUACGCAAUCUCUGCCCAAACAUCUACGCCAUCGGCCCCCUCCACGCCCUCCUUCUGAAGAAUCGCACAAGCUGCUACAUCAACUCCACCAGCAUCUACCAAGAAGACAGGAGCUGCAUUUCUUGGCUCGACAACCAGCCCGCCCGGUCCGUUUUGUAUGUCAGCAUUGGGAGCCUCUGUGUCAUGACAAAGGAAAACUUCUUUGAGGUUCUGCAUGGAACUGUGAAUAGUGGUUCCAGAUUCUUGUGGGUCCGGAGGCCUGGCUCGGUCGCAGGUUUGGAUCCCGUGGAGAUUCCUAAUGAGUUGUCACGAGCCACGGAAGAGAGGGGGUGCACGGUUAGCUGGGCCCCGCAGCAGGAGGUGCUGGCGCACCCGGCUGUUGGGGGAUUUCUGACGCACAGUGGAUGGAACUCGACUCUGGAGAGUUUGGUGGCGGGGAUACCGAUGAUAUGUUGGCCGCAUUAUGUGGACCAACAAGUGAAUAGUAGGUUUGUGGGGGAGGUGUGGAAGGUGGGAUUGGAUAUGAAGGAUAGUUGCGACAGAGUUGUGGUGGAGAAGAUGGUGAGGGAGGUUAUGGAGGUGAGGAAGGAUGAGUUCUUGGAAAGGGCUAAAGAGAUGUCGGAGGCGGCUGAGGCGAGUGUGGGGGAAGGCGGCUCGUCGGCGGCGGAUUUGGAUCGUUUGAUUGAUGAUAUCAAGAAUAUGAAGUUAAGCACCGAGCACAAGUGAUGUGCUUCUUUUUAUUUUAUUGUGGAAUUGGAGUUGGAUUUUGUUACUUGUUGUAUUAGAGCAGAGGAUAUGGCUAAAAUAAAAUUUUGGUUUUUUUAUUAUUAGAGUAGUUGGAUGUUGUAUUAUGUUAUCUACAAAUGGUUCGCAAUGUUCUUUCAUUUUA